AUGAAUCACUCCACCCCGGACCUAUCAGCCGGCGAUGUGAGAAUAUCGGAUGUUUUAGAUCAAGUUUUGGCUGACAAUCAAGACGUUGAUAACAUUAUUCUUCUGCCUCCAGAAGAAGAUGGUGAUGUAACAGAUGACGAUGAAAACGAGGGCGACAGAGCUCCUCACGAUGUUCCUGGGAUUGUAGAAGCUGACAUCCAAGUGACAGGCGAAGAGGCUGAUUCUAAAGUUGGAGAUAUAGAGCAAGUUACUCCAGCCAAAAAACUCAAAAUGAAUGUUAUCUGGAAGGAAAGCUCAGAGGAUAUCAGCGAAAUGCCCAGAAAAGAUAUAGGCAAACCUUGUGAGCAACAUCCCGAGCUCGUAGACAAAUCCCCCUAUGAGUUAUUCAUGAUGUACUUUAGUGAGAUUUUGGACCAUUUGGUUUGUGAAACCAAUAGAUAUGCAGCUAGACAGAACGACCAUACUUUCAAUAUUAAAGAAGAUGACAUGAAACGUUUCUGUGGUAUCUUCUUACUGAGUGGAUACCACACGUUACCUCAGCAGUACAUGUAUUUGUGCACUGACGAAGAUGUCGGUGUUCCUUUAAUUAGUUCUGCAAUGCCACGCAACCGGUUCAAGGAAAUAAAAAAAAUACUUGCACAUGGCCGAUAA